AUGUCUUCCGGUUUCCGUCGAGACUUGAAGGUGCUGGUAUUUACGAGCGACGUAGAAAUUGCUGCAAAGGUUGAAAGCCAUCUCCAUUCAUUGGGAUAUCAAGCAACUGUUAUUGCUUUAGAGAACUGCGCCAAAUUUGAUCAGAUAGUAGAAGAUUUACUGCGCCGAGAGGCGUUUGAUGGAGUGGCUAUUGGUGGUAGGAUCAAUCAACGUCAUCCACAAGCUCAACUAGAUGAUGAGACAUUUCACUGGUUCAACAGAUUAGUAAACAUAAUUCACGAGUGCGCAUCAAAAUCUAAAAUUAUUUUGAAUAAAGAUCUGGCUGAUUUGGAACCGGCCAUUAAACGAGUAUUCGUCUGA